UUCGCAAUCAAACAUCUGUGAAUCAAAUGAUCAAACAACCAUUGCAAAUUCAAAAGGAAAAAUCUUUAUUUUUAUAGAUUAUGCACCUUUUGGGUUUUAGUACUUACUCAAGAUGUCCAACACGCGUGAUCUCAAUGAAACUCCUUUGCAUAAAAAUAACAAUAUUGUAAACGAGAUAUGUACAAAAGGCAUUUGUAUGGAAAUGUGUCCAUCAGAGGAGGUUAUUUUGCGGGUAAAAGAAAAAAUGGUACAUGUCCUUGAACUAACCAGAUCUGGUCACAAAUUGGUGAAAUGCUACUGCAGAUCGGCUGCAAACUCCAACAUGGCUGUGCCACAAUUGCUGAGGCCUUUCAGAGUUCUCUCUGACACAGUUCACUAUUUGUUAUUGGAAAUAUCAAACAGAAGCAAUAUAAAGAUGUCAGUAAUGUAUGACUUUUUGGAUGACCGAUUGCGAGCAGUAAGACAAGAUAUGACAAUACAGAGGCUGCCUCCUGAAGAGUGUGUGGUUUUACUGGAACCCAUGAUUAGAUUCUAUAUUUAUUAUGGUUAUAGGUUAUGUGAUCAUCCUAUAAGCGAAUUUGAUCCAGUACUUAACAAAAAAUAUUUGCUAGAGUGUAUGAAAUGGUUUCUUAACUGCUGUGAUGUCUUACAAAACACUGACAAAGUAGAAGAUGAUGUGGACACAAUCCUCACACAUUUUAACUCAUUAGACAUAAGCAAAACUAGACCAGAGCUAUCCUGUGAUAGGAUUCUGGUGGAGAGCCUCUACAUACUGUGUAAUUUAGACAGUAUACAUCCUUUGUAUAGGUAUUUGUGUUUACCUAAUUAUUUAAAAAGGGUAUCUGCAUUAAAACUAGCAUAUAAUAUAGCGAUUGCAAAUAUGAAAUGCAAUUUUAUAAAAAUAUUUAAACUGUCAAGGAAGUUGUGCCCUCUAACCUUCUCUGCUCUAUGUUUACAUCACCCAAUGAUACAGAGGAGAGCUUUACAAGCAAUGAGUUUCGCAUACAACAGCCAGCACUUGACUGUUCCUGUGGAAGUGCUCAAACAGUGGUUAGCUUUCAACAGCUACGAGGAAGCCAGAUCCACCUGCAUGCACUAUGGGCUGAAGGUGGUCAAGGAAAAGCAUGGGGUUUGCUUCAAUAAGCAUACAUUCAAGGUUGACGUUGAACAGCAUCAGCUGACGAAGUACUAUCAAGCCAAAAUACUACAGCUAAAACUGGAAGAUGUACUUUCCUACACAGUUUAAUGCAACACAAAGAUAAACUUUAAAUAUAUAUUUUUUUCUAUCACGUUAAUUAUCUAUUUUAAGUAACUUUUGAUCUCAUUUUUUUUGUUAAUAUUCAUUGUUAAGUUUAUUCUCUGUGGCGACAGUGGCUUUAUAAUACGGAACAUGUAAGUUUUAAUAAGGCUUAACAUUGAAGGCCUUACAAAGCAACGUGGAAUAGUAAUGUAGUGUUUUGUCACACUUUAACUAGGAGCAACUUUCAUAUCAGACUGAAUUUAAAGUUAACUCGCUGCGCCUGUUGGUGCACGUUACUUAUAUAAAUUACUAGCAAACAAUACGGAUACAGUAUGGAUACUGACAAACUUUCUUUUGUAGCUUGUGUUAUGGAACUAAAAUGAGUGAUGAAUAUUUAUAUGAAUAAUACAUAAAUAUUUAUAAUAUACAGAUAAACACCAAGGCCUAGUUAGUACAAUUACAAUGGACUCUGCUGGUUAUGCAGUCCUGUCUGGAAAUGCAGUGCCACAUUGUAUCAAUAUAUUUUAAUCAAAUCAGUGUCAUAUCGACGGCAACUCCUCCUACCAGCUCCAAUAUGGUUAAAGGUAGGUAUAUAUAUAUUUUUUUAACUACACAUAAAAUGACCUAAUUUUUAUUAUAAAAGGAGUGUGACCAUAACAUUUUGAAAUGAGUUCUUUAAUAUAUCUAAGGUAAGAUAUAUCUAGUUCAGUGGCGUUCGUAUGGUCUUGAAUUUGAGCAAGACCAGUUACCUGAAAGACUAAGAUAUAUUUAUUGUAACGCAAGCCCGGCUUUUCGGCUUCUAUGGUACUGCCACUGAUCUAGCUAUAUGAUAAUGUACGUAGUAUAUAGUUAGUUCUAUGCGUAUUAUUUUUAUGAGCAAAUAAAACAACAAGAUAUGUAAAGGAAUCCUUUAUUUAUUUACAUAAGAAAAUUCACCUAAUUACGCAAUACUAAUUACAUUUGACAACAAAAUCUAUCUAAACGGUUGUAUAGCCUCACAGCUCAAUAAAUUCAAUAUAAUAACGGGGCCUCGAACAAACAUCUUAGAUUAUAUAAGUAGGGCGACCAUAUUAGUGAAUCAGCGGAACAGUAUCGGAAAAAGGUGUCACUAUUUUUGAUCUAUUCGGACGAACUGCAUUUGAACUGCAAAAUUGCUGUUUGGAUAUACAUAUAUUGCAGAUCACAAGGACAGACCGACGCCGCGGCCUGCGAGUAUUCGAUUGACGUAAAGGCUUGUUGUGCCGUUAAGUCAAAAUGAUUUCUGCAGUUUGCUUGAAGUCCGUUUGUAUAGAAUCUUAAAAUGUUUUAUGCCUACAAAAUAUAACAACAAAAUGUCAAUUGUUCGUGGUACUUGGUACCUUAUUUUAUUACAUUAUACUUCGCGCUUCGAUAUUUAACUUGACAA